AUGCUCAUAUUAGUACUCCUUUUGUUGUUUCAUACAAUUCUAGCAUCGUCAUCCCAUGGCUAUGCUCCUGUUGCCGUUUCUUGUCCCGGCGGCCAACUAACUAGGUCAUCUCUUACUGGUAUCAAUCCUGAUGAAAAGCGAUACGUUGACAAUAGGUACAAAAUGGUUGCUAAAACAAAUUUGAAAGCAUUCCUUUCAAACGCUAACUUGACUAAUUUUGACGUUGAUUCAUUUCUUGACCAAACUAAUUCAACUAUUGGUAUUGCUUUCUCUGGUGGUGGUUACAGAUCCCAGCUCGCUGGUGCUGGUCAAUACGCUGCAUUGGAUUCAAGAACAAGAGUGGCUAAUGGUAAAGGUUUGGGAGGUAUAUUGCAAGCUGCUAGUUACAUCUCGGGUCUUUCUGGUGGUUCGUGGUUGGUUGGCUCCUUGGUUAGCAACGACUUAAUGUCCAUUGACGAAUUGUUCAGCCAUAACGCUCUUUGGCAAUUGCAGGAUUCGUUGGUGGCCAAUGGAGAAGACAUUCCAAGUAACUGGGACUAUUGGAAGCUGAUAAAUGACGAAGUAAGGGGAAAGAAGAAGGCAGGGUUUGAUGUAACCAUUACCGAUGUUUACGGCCGAGCUUUGAGCUAUCAAUUGCUCACAAAUUCAGACUAUGAAGGUGCCAGUUACAAGUUCAGCUCAGUUAUUGACCAAAGCAACUACCAAAGUUUUCAAGCACCUUUCCCUAUCCUUGUUUCCAUAGGUAGAGAACCGGGGACUUCGGUUAUUAGUGUCAACAGUACUGUGUUCUCCCUCACACCUUAUGAGGUUGGAAGUGAGGAUCCUUCAUUGCAAUCAUUUGUUCAAACAAAAUAUCUUGGAACACAAUUAGACGAUGGGUAUGCAAACAACCGUUCUUGUGUCAAUGGAUUUGAAAAUGUUGGGUUCUUUAUGGGCACAUCAUCCUCAUUGUUCAACAGCGUCAUUCUUGGAUUAAAUUCACAAGACCUUCCCGAGUUUUUGAGGAACUUGUUGAAUAAAUUCCUUGUCGAGCCUUUUGAGAGGUUGAAUGUUGAUGUGGCGCAUUAUAAUCCGAACCCGUUCUACAAGAGUCAAAAUGCGAGGAAUUCAAUUGAAAAGAGUGACACGUUAUAUUUGGUUGACGGUGGUGAAGACGGUCAAAAUGUACCUUUGGUUCCUUUACUUCGUCGGAACCUAAGCGUGAUAUUUGCAUUUGAUAACUCCAACGACCACCUAGGAUGGCCAGAUGGGACAAGUUUGAUCAAAACUUAUGAACGCCAAUUUUCAGCACAGGGGAGGGGAACUCCAUUCCCCUAUGUCCCGGAUCAAAAGACGUUUAAAAAUUUGAACUUAACUUCAAAGCCUGCAUUUUUUGGUUGUGAUGCAAAGAACUUGACCUCCUUGACUUCCGAUAUAUAUGACGUGCCUUUGAUAAUCUACACUGCAAAUCGUCCCUACACUUACUGGUCAAACACAUCAACGUUCAAAAUGGCAUACUCGUUAGAAGAGCGUAAUCAAAUGAUAUCUAAUGGUUUUGCAACAGCAACCAGAUUGAAUGGAACGUUGGAUGAAGAAUGGGAUGCUUGUAUUGGAUGUGCCGUCAUCAGACGUGAACAAGAGAGGUUAGGUCUUGAACAGAGUGAACAAUGUAAGCAGUGUUUUGAAAGGUAUUGCUGGGAUGGUACUAUUUAUGAGGGAGAGUCGAUCGGGGACAAUUUUGAUGACAAUGGAAUCACCAGUGAUGCCACCUACUACAAUGCACAAAAUGUCCCCGGAUUUGACGAAACAGGUGCCAACCUCAAAAGAGAUGAGCUCGCCACUGAUUAG